AUGGAUCUACACAGCAUGCUAAACAGACCAGACGAAGGCGCAUCGAAAAAGCAGCAGCCUCAGCCUCAUCCUCAGCCGUCGUUACAGACAUCGCCAUCUGUCAUAUCGAUUCCGAUUCCGAACUCAAACCCAAACCCAGCCGCGCCCUCGACGCCGGCUCGUGCUAGUCCGCAUCCCCAGUCGUUUAGAGAUUACGCUCACCAGACCCGAGCCUCACCGAGCCAACGCCAACAUCCUCACGAAUAUCCGAGCCAUACACCAAGUUCUGCAAACCCAAACCCGUACCAAUCUCCUACCUCGUACAAUCCCCCAACGAACGCGUUUGCCGGUAGGCCUCCCGUUCCACCGCUACAGCCACCUGGCCCGCACGAUCCACGGUCGCCAGGAAGCGCUUCCGUAUCUGGCCCGUCACCUUAUAGACGAACACCUACGUCGUCGGUUAGUACCGUGAGCGGAGGCUAUCCCUUUCCUUCGGCGCAACAGCCACCCGCGAGUCCUGUGCAGAGACACCAGUACGGCCCACUGGGUGCUAGCGCUGGUCCGGGUGUUGUUGGUCCGAGUGCGCCUGCGGGUGCUUAUUCUCAUUCUCGCGAUAGUUACAAUAAUUCCCAUUCCCAUUCCCCAUCCCAAUCUCAACCCCAGCCUCAACCGCAACCACAACAUCAACCACAACAUCAACAUCAACACGGGUCUGUUCCUUACCCUCACAGCCAGCAGCCAGCGCAGCACUUACAACAAUUACCACCGCAGACGCCUCCGGUAGGCACGCCUGGCGGCAGCACUCAAUAUUUACACCAGAGAUCCCAUUCGAUCCAAUCGAGCCCUACUCCCACCUCCGCGCAUAGCCAAUCGGCUCCCUAUGGGCCCCCUUAUAUCCAAGGCAGCCCCGUCGCGACCAUACAUCCUCACCCGCUUCUGAUUGACCAGCAGCAGCAGCAAUCCCAACAUCAGCGCCAACCAUCUCAACCUCCGACACCUCUGGGCCAGCCGGUCCCCCCGCGACUUUCGCCUGCCGUAAGUUACAAGCAGCCACCAAGCCCGUACCAAAAACGCGCCUCUACCGUUUCCGCCGCGUACCCUCCUCAACCGCUGCAGACAUCGCCCAAACCUCCCCUUCCAGCUCCUAUCCAACGCAUGUCAAGCAGCAGCAGUCACGGUACUUACGACGCCGUUGCCGAAUCCCACCGCGGGUCACAAUCUCGGAGCGAACGUGACAGAAGUGUCAGUGUCUCACCUAAAACACGUGUUCCUAGCCUACCUAGCAGCAGCGGGCAUCGCCCUUCCUCUAUCAGCAGCGACGUAAAUCCUUACCAUCCCCAACGUCCUCCGCAAGCUCCCAUCGUUCAUAACACCAUGGAAUCCCAACACGCUGGCGCUCCGGCGAAGCGAAAGCUGGAGCAUAGGGAUCUCAGACCCGACGAGCUCGAGAACGACCGAAAGGCUCCACCGCCACCUCAGCUGAAUGGCCACCGUGCCGCCGCGGUAAAUGCUUCAGCGCAGCCGUCGGCGUCGCCGAUGAUACCGCGCCGAAAGCGUGUUAAGUACGACAGACCGCCUAUUUGGGCCCAGAAUAGUAGAGAUCCCGACCAGGUUAAGGUAACGAGCCGCAACUUUUCGCUGAAGCACCACAUCCGCCACCAGACCAGCCCGACCGGACCGGUUAACGGAAACAAUCUACCUGACGCCGGUGGACACGCGAAGCCGGACCACGUCUCCCGACACACCUCCCCCGAAGCAGCGAGGUCUGCGGCAGCUCCCAGAGCGGAAGAGCCUAGCCACGCAGCUACCAAGGACCCCUUUACGUUCAACGGCCAACCGUUCCCGUGGGAGCCCAGUAUCAGCAACGAGACGCCGAAGAAUAUCCUUUGUCGCGAGGUUGCCGACUUCUUGGGCAUCAACGUGCUCCAAUUUCCUCAUCUCGAAGAAGUCCACAGCCGGGGCGCGGUGUUCGAGAUCGAAGCUAAGCUGGGCGUCAUUAUUGAUAAGAUGACCAACGACCGGAUCUAUUUUCCCGAGGUGAGGGCUGGCGAGUGCGUGUUAGACGGCAAUAGGGUCGCGUUUCGUAGUUCGAUGACGGAGAGCCAACAUCGCGAGCUCAACGAGUUCUUGAACGAGCAGGUGAAAGCCUCAUUCCCUCGAAAUCCUACGGCGGCGUCUCGCGUGCAAGUACACUACGUCCAUCGCCGAGAGGUUGACCGAUUUUACGAGCUUGCACCCCAUAUGCGUCAACGCGUACCGGCCUGCAUUUCUGGUCUGUUGCAACAAGGCGCACCUAUAAAGGCCCGGGUCACCGUCCACGAGCAGAAUCCCAACAACGUCAUAGCCAAGAUCGUCAAGGCUCGAAUUGCCGAUUUGAAUAUACAUUUCCCCCACCUACCCUUAGACUGCCGCAUAAGUAUCAACUUGGAAUGGAACUGGGACGGCUCGGCCGAGGAGAUCGAGCGCGGUCAGAAUCCCAACAAGGAGCGACCGCCGGACCGCAUCAAAGACCGGCUCAGCUACAAACACGGUUUCUACCAGAUCGAUCUGACGCAGGUGAAGCAGGGACCCGCGAACGCGAAUUCGGGUGGUCAACCUGGUCAAGCGCCCGUUGGGUCCGCGAAGGAGCAUGAGCUCGAGGUGGAAUUGGAUGCGCGUUCGCUGAUCGAGCACGGCCGCAUGCUCAUGCAAAGGAAGCCAAACAGGUACGAAGACCUCGUCGACGGCCUCGUUAAUAACGUACGUGUCUUAGCGCGACGGUGUCCGCCGCCGCAUUAUCAUAGCCAAUCCUAG